AUGGCGCGUACUAAGCAAACAGCCCGCAAGUCAACCGGUGGCAAGGCCCCUCGUAAGCAACUCGCCACCAAGGCAGCUCGCAAGUCGGCACCCGUGGCUGGUGGUGUAAAGAAGCCUCACCGUUACAAGCCUGGUACGGUGGCUCUCCGUGAAAUUCGUCGCUACCAGAAGAGCACGGAGCUUCUGAUCCGCAAGCUUCCUUUCCAGCGUCUCGUUCGUGAGAUUGCUCAGGACUUCAAGACCGACCUUCGCUUCCAGUCGUCGGCCAUCGGUGCUCUGCAGGAGGCCAGCGAGGCUUACCUCGUGUCGCUCUUCGAAGACACCAACCUGGCUGCUAUCCACGCCAAGCGUGUGACAAUCCAGCCCAAGGACAUUGCUCUGGCGCGUCGUCUUCGCGGUGAGCGCUCGUAA